ACAAUGUAUUGUGGGAGUGUAGUUUGAAGCAUCUGUAAACUGAGUUGGUGAUAUCGCGAACGAGACUUCAAUGACCAGCAACGUCCUCUUCUUUGCUGAAGCUGUACGGCUUGUUCGUGAGAGUCGCCCUGAACUAGCAGUUGUGAAAAUUCCCUGAUCUUUUAAUGAUCUGGAUAUAUUUUGGUUAGUUGUUUGUAAAUCAAAAUUAUUUUAAGAUCGAAUAAUCUGCUCAGCGCCCUGUUUUUGUCCUCUCGUCAACCAGCACUGUCUUGUAAUGUUUACUUCUUUCGUGCUUCGGCGUGUCCUCUUGUGCGCUUGUGUAGCAGACUGAUGUAGUGUGUAAUGUUAGCUAAAUUAUUUUACACAAACAAUACAUAGGUUGGCUAGCUUUAUUCAUACGAUUUAUUCACACGAAGGAUGUCCAUCGUGCACAAUCGAUGUAAAUAAUCGAUGUGAAUACUCCCAGGUAGUUACAGUUAUAGUCGAGAACGAAGUGCGAGCAAGAUCCUCGUUCAUGAUGGCGAUGUUUCGCAGUUUUGUGUCGGCUACUCAUCAGCUCAGGCAGCACCAACAAAACGGGGCAGCUGCGGCUGCCACUGGCGAGAGCCUCGAGAGCCAGUUCUCCUGCCCAAUUUGCCUGGAGGUGUAUCAUAAACCUGUCACCAUUGGAAGCUGUGCCCACACGUUCUGUGGGGAGUGUCUGCAGCCCUGUCUCCAGGUCACCUCUCCCCUCUGCCCUCUGUGCCGCAUGCCUUUUGACCCAAAGAAGGUGGACAAGUCCUCUAGUGUGGAGAAACAGCUGUCCAACUACAAGGCCCCCUGUCGGGGCUGCAGUAAGAAGGUGUCUCUGGUCAAAAUGAGGUCACACAUCUCCUCUUGCGCGAAGGUCCAGGAGCAGAUGGCCAACUGCCCAAAGUUUGUGCCUGUGGUCCCCACUUCACAGCCCAUUCCCAGCAAUAUUCCAAACCGCUCCACCUUUUCAUGCCCAUUCUGUGGAGCCCGCAAUCUGGAUCAACAGGAGCUGGUCAAACACUGUAUGGAGAACCACCGCAACGAUCCCAACAAAGUGAGAUUCUACUGCAUUCUGAUUUGGUGUACUGGUGAGGUAAUGGCAGAGUUGUUGGUGUGCCUCCAGGUGUGUCCUGUAUGUUCAGCCAUGCCUUGGGGGGACCCCAGCUACAAGAGCUCCAACUUCCUCCAGCACCUCCUCCACCGGCACAAGUUCUCCUACGACACGUUUGUGGACUACAGCAUUGACGAGGAGUCAUCACUGCAGGCAGCCAUGGCCCUGUCCUGUCAAAUCAAAUGUUAAAGUGAGUGACCGUCUGACUCUGUCUUUGCAGGACUACAGUAUCGAUGAAGAGGCGGCACUACAGGCAGCCCUGGCUCUCUCCAUGGCAGAGAACUGAGAGUCCUCUGAGUCCCCCAUUCUGCUGUCUGGGGACGCACUUUCUUCCUGACACCCCACUAGCUCUCUUUCUUUCUCUGGAUCCACCCCAUAUCCAGCCCCCUCCACUGUCUCCUCACAGGGAGAGUUUGGAAGGACUUGGCCUCGACUCCCACUCUGGGAGAGCUACAGAGGGCUUAUCUCCCAACCCUGUCCCUCUAUCUGGCCCUUCAUCCACUCUGCUCGCCUGCUUAACCCGUCAAUGCCCAUGACCAUUACAUCAUAUCCUCUCAGCCAGCAGCAGCCUCUUCACUUCCUGUAUACUGGGGAGGAAGGAAGCUUGGCCUCCCAAUAAAUGUUGCAAUUCAAAACCACUGCAGUGCAAAACAAUGAGUGCAGCAUGGACAUAUUUGUUAUUCUGCAGAAAUUAUGAAGGUUCCCAAAAAUAAUGAUUUAAGGUAUUUUCUUUUACUCUUUAUUUUUCACUGUUCAAAUUAAAUGUUUUCAAACUCCAGGAAAAAGCCAUCUCAUGACACACAUUCUGGUCAAAGUACCACAGAGUAGUUCUGUUGAAGUUUAAUCUCAAGUGCAUCAUUUGAUGGCUUUUUGAUUAAGAGGGACUACAGUUGAAUGGCUUGACCUCAUUCUCAGUGUGAUAAUCUUACCACUAGGUGACAGUCUAGACCUGACCAGUUAAACACAGAGAGUGAGGUCAUUCUUACAUCCCCAUCACAACAACAACACACUAACAUUUGCAACGCGAACCAAAACAAACUAUCAAACUAUCCCCUUUUGUAUUCAGAGUUCUUGUGAAUACUUGCACUUGUCACAUUUUGCUACAUAAUUGAACUAUAGAUUGUUCUCAUUUCACAGAUCAGAAACAUAAUUAUAGUACUGCAUUUAUUCUUCGCACUGCUGUUACGCUGCUGAUUAUUUUUAUGAAGCACCAGACAAGAUAAAAUAUAUUUUUGGAAAAUGUUUCCGUUUUAAAUGGUGUACUAAUCAUAAGAAACAUGUUUAUUGGCGAUGUGUUUGUUGUUUUACCACCUUAAAAGUACCCAUUGGUACUGUACUGCUGGCAUCAAACAGUUGCUUGCAGGAUUUUCGGGCCUAUGUGUAAAUACACUGUCUCGAACACAAGAGGGCACCCCAGUCUCAAAAUAGACCGGUCACAAGUCAAUAGUAAUUUAAGUCAGUGUUACUCCGUCAGUUUAUACCCAUGCACAGUAUUCUGUUUGGUUUAGUGCCCACUAGGAGAAGUACAAGAAGUGAAAUAUUAUGACGUGAGUAUUGUUGGAUAAGUUUAUCCUUGUGGUGGAAUUGGUUGCUGCAACAUAAGUGUCCAGUUUUAUGUUAAUUAUUGUCUUGAACACCAAUGUUGGUCUGAUUUAGUAAAAAUGCAAAUGUAAAAGUGUACAUUGCUACUCUACAGAAUCAGUGCAAUAUUCUUAGGCCAUUUACCUUCCAGGAUCCACACUGCUCCUAUCUUAGUGGGGUCUCCCCAAAACCUGUUGGUCAGAGCUGUGAAAAUCUGUUUGAAUAUACCAUACACAUUCCAGUCCUGUUACAAUCAUUAUGUUCCAAUGGUUUGUUAAAGACAUCCACUUUCUGAUAGCACAGUAAUUAUUAAUGUUGGAUUUAAACAAAACUGUGCAGAACAGCUGCGUAUUCAAUCAUAUGAUAAAAAUGUCUUUUAAAGACACUUUGCUUCAAAGGGAUACAAUUAUAAAAGUAUGUUGCCCCAAAAUAGAUGUUUAAAUUAUAAGCCAUGUUUGAGUAGUAGUGUACCCAUUGAGCUAGCAUUGAUCUGUGGAGAUUUAAGAUUAUGUUUUGGUUCACUCUGAUGGAUGCCUUAUAGGAAACUGGUUAGAUUGUAUAGCGCGCAAUGGAGGAAGAUAUUGUGUAUUGUGGUUAUUUGUUACUAGACUGACUAGUAGAAGUAUAAUGGUCUGUCCAUUUGUGUUUUUCCUUGUUUCUGAGGAGAACUGUACAUACGGUAGAGAAUGCAACAUUUAGGUUUAGGUCCCUGUGGUAACUACGAAUGAGAAUGUAUUUGUUUUUUCAUAAGUUAUAUAUUUUCCACGGGAAUGCAUUGAAAUAUUGCACUUUAAUUUUAAAAAAUAUAUUUAGAAAAAGGCCAGAAUUUUUAUUAGAUUUUUUUCCCCCAAUAUGUACAUUUCAUGAUGGAUGAUAAUGUAAGUUGUGGCUGUUUUUGUGUAAGAGCAGAGGGAAUGUUAAGUAUUAUCUCAGUCAUAACAUGGUGAUGUUUUGAUGUACUGGGAUGGUACAGACAAUUUGUCUGUCGUUAAUAUUCUAUAGAUGGGUAUAUAAUUGCAAAACCAGCUGAGAAAACCAUCCCAGAUGUACAAAAGUGUGGCAAACCAAAUUUGACUCUCAGCUUAGUCAAAGCGUUCCUGGAGAUAAUGCAUCCUCAUUUGAUAGACAUCGACAUGUUAUAUUUUCGGUGUUUAAAUGUAUUGCACUGGUUGGUGGCACAGUAUUGACAGCUGUAGCCAUUAGAGAGAAACUGUCAUCACUAUGAGAAGUCCUGAGUUUCUUCUGGGGCAGCAAGGAAUUGUUACGCAUCUUUAAUUUAAUAAUUUACUCAACCUUUUUUACUACCUAAUGAUGCUCUUUUAUAAAUGUUUGUAAGGUAAAUGGUAUUGUUUGUUUAGAUCAGCGUUCAUGUGCACAGCUGUAGCCUAAUGUAGAUUUUGUAUGGAGUAUACCUGAAAUGUAUACUUUUCACUCUGUGUACUGUUGCAUCCAUGCAUAAUGCCACUGUACUGUGCAUCAUCAUCCCAGAUGUCCUACUUGUGGUCAGAACUUUCCCAACCUCUGUAAAAUAAACUCAAUGUUGCAGGUCACACACUGAUAGACCACCUGCAACAAAGACAUACACCAAAAACAGGGACUGGGAAAAAAAGGAAACAAUUUUGUAUGAACUUUGUUAGGUCAUUUUUGUCAAGAGGUCCUUACUGAGACUGUCUGUUCUGAACUUGGUAAGGCUGACAGGAAAUAUACUUCCAUAAAGACUGGUAUCACAGCAAUCAGAGAAGACAGAGCCUGUGUCUCUGACUGUGUCCCCCAGGACUUGGCUGCCCUGGGAGUGUCAUGUAAUGUCACUCAGUCUAGACCCAGGCUGAUGUUGUCCUCCCCAGGGGGUCUGAGCUACAGUGAUUUGAACCAGGAAGUUUCCUUCAGGGUCACUGUACCCUAGAUACCCACCAUGGGGCUUUGGCCCUACUGUCAGGGCCUGUGUGUGUUAAAUGUGAUUUAUGCAUUCUUGAAAAAUAGUAAUAAUACCAGUAAUAACAAUGGUUGAUUGUUAGCACCAUCAUGUGGAUAUUUAAGUUAUAACACUGUUUGAACUUUAAGAUAUUGUAUUUGUAGCAGAUUUUUUCCCCGCCUCAAUAAAAACACUGACCCAUCCCA